AUGCUGUGCCUGGCGGAGGCUAAACUCCGCGUCUGCAUCCUGAUUGCAUACGUCUUCAUGGCCCUGGCGUCCUUCGGCGUUCUCUGCUAUCAGUUCAUCAUCGAUGAGGAAUCCUCCGUCUACUUUGGUAACCUGGUGUCCCCGCCCUGGUCCUGGCCGUUAAAUGUGCUGCAGCACGUCUUUGUUCCGUUCACAUGGGCCGGCUACCUGGUGCCCGAGGCUCUCGUCAUGGUCGCCUCCCACCACAUCGCCACCUACUACCGCUCUCUCAACACCUUCCUCGGCGAACACUUCCAAAAGUGGGUCCAGGCAAGAAGGUCCUCGCUCUUGGCUUAUCGCUCAGACAUGACAACGAAGAAUAGCUUUGCAACCCAAAACAACACCGGCAUAUACAGCCACACGGACCACGAAACUCCACCAUUCCCUAACUCCUUAAGCAUCGCAUCUGUCUCCACCGUCACAUCUGCCUGUGACUGCCACCAACAAGCACAAGAUAGCCAGCGUGAGUACUUGAACAAGUUACGGGAGACGUGGAGCCUGUACGAGGACGUGGGAGACUUCUUGGGCAAAUUCAACGCCCUUUUUUCGCCCAUCAUUCUCAUAAACCUCGCCUCCUUCUUGAUUAUGACCUGCACACUUCUCAUCCCUGUGCUGAAGAUUCACUUAAACGAUGAUCCAAGGAACAAUAAAUAA